ACGUAUAAUAUCAGCGCUAGGCCUGGGAAGAAAAAAGAGAGAGAGAGAAGUACAGUGCGUAUGCAGUGGAAAUGCUAGCUGGAGAUCAAUAGUACGGAUCCAUUGUCAAACUGUUGCAUCAGGUACAGUCGGUGACCAAUUGCGUAAGGUACUGCUGCCGCCUUGAAGGUGUCCAGGGCUAGGUGUUGAGUGUUCGUGUGGAAUACAGCUACCGACUCAUUGUUUCUGAAAUGUGUGUAAAAUCUUUUUUUUUUGCUUUGUUUCAGCGGCUGAGCUGGCGAAUGGGAAUCACGAGGCACAACCCUGGAGGCGAUAGUGUGAAUACGCUCAACAAUGUCAGUACGCGCUGUGCGAGAUGCCCGGGUGCAAGAUAUAGGCGACGAAAAGAUCGGCAAGAAAGAAAUUGGCGGCAGCAAUGCUGGAAGCUGUGUACUGCAUAACAUAAUCUACACGCCGCUAACCUUCCACACGUCGUGUGGAUGCGGUGUUCAUAAAAUUGAAACUGCAGCGGAAUGCACAAGUAGUGGCGGUGGUGAUUCCAUGACCAGAGACUCCAAUGCUUUGAUCCUUCCCACCCAAUCAGCUGUAAUCGCCAGCGAAUCUAACGAGCCAGGAUCGCGAGAUCUUGGUCGCCGAAGUGGCUGUUCAGCUGUGGCAAUCGGAGACGAUAUCUUCUGUGUCGGAGGGAUGACCAAGGAGAACUCGAACAUCAGCUAUACGAGUGAUGUGUACCGUCUGGAUACCACCGCCAUGAAAUGGUAUUCUGUAGAUGUGACGGGUGAUGCACCGCCGGGCAAGGACAAGUUUGGUGCAUGCGCAUUCGGCACUGCUAUCGUCGUCUUUGCUGGCUAUGGACACGGUCUGCCGGAAAAUGCAGCGCCGCCGAUUGACUCAACCAAUCGCCACGUACAAUCACAAGCCUCUUACGUGGCUAGGACUGGUGGUGGCUACGUGAAUGAUAUUUCCGGUCAACAGGUAAGCACGUACUGGAAUAACGCUGUGCAUGUUCUAGAAACGCAAGAUUAUCCCACAACUGGCAAGUGCUCAUGGUCUGAGGUCCGUUAUAGAGGGCAACCACCAACGCCACGUGCUGCAUGCAGUGUGACAGUGGCUCAGCAGUGCGCGUAUGUCUUUGGUGGUGGCUGUAUGGCGGGUCGGCGAAGUGACAUCCACCGUCUGCACCUGGAAGAGCACGAAUGGAGCGGAACAUUGGCCGCGACAGGUGACGUUCCUUCUGGAAGAUCAUGGUCAACACUGACUGCAAGCUCUGAUUCUCUUCUAAUCUUGUGCGGUGGCUGCGACAAUGCUAACCUGGUAUUGGAUGACUUGUAUGCAUUUGACACAGAGCAUCUUCAUUGGUCUCGUAUCAAUCCGCCACUGGUCCUGGAGCAUCGAAUGUGGCACACGGCGUGUUGCGAUCGGCGUGGCGAUGUCUACAUUGUGGGUGGAUUCAGACAGUCGGAGAGGGCGGAACCUUGCCAGUACGUUGUUAGAGUGCGCACAACACCCCUAACCUUGCUGGAGCUGGCCAUGCAAGUCUUUGUCGAGGUUGCUGAAGAAGAGGCUGUGGACAAACUGCCGCACAGUUUGAAUCAGCGGUACAAAGCAUAUCUCCUUGGUUUACGUGACCAAUCAGAGGGAGCAACGAGCUGAAAAUCACAGCCUCCUGGAUUGUUGCUCCGCUUGUGUAGCAUGCUGGUUGUACUUGCUGGGAAAUGCAUUUUUCUGUCUUGAUCAAUGAUUAUCAGUGUUUGAUCACCACCUCUCGUACAUUUUCAUUGUUAUUGUUAGGUACCUCCUCCCGUACAACCUUUCUAAGCUGGCCUUCAUGCACCUCAUUCUACGUCGUACUCACCUUUUGUCUCCUUUCGUCACCUUUGUUCCUUUGGCCUGGGUAGCUACUUGCGCGCCCGUAUUUGCCAUAGCCACCCAGGCCCUUUAUCUUGCCGCCCUCACUUCAAGUGAUCUCCCUCUUGUCGCUCUCUUCCACAAUGUAUCGUUUUGUUCGUCUUGGUCUCUGUCUCUUCGUCUCCCUAAUAAAUGUCGUUCCCACCUAAUCUGUUCCCGUUGUCCGUAAUGUCUGGAGAAUAUGCCAUCGUCCUUUUCGUACGCAACAAGAGUCAACAUUAUCCCAAAAUACGGAAACCGUGAUCUUCAUGCUGGCCGA